GUUCAGGUGACUAAACGCAUUAAACUCAUUAAAUUAUAUGAGAAUCUUCAUUGUUUUUGUGGCCUUGUGCGUCUCACUCGCAUAUGGUUUUUCCACAACACUUCCACCUGGAGGUAUACAAUGGAAAAACUGUACUAGGCCUAAUGAAUACUACAAUUGUGGUAGCGCUUGCCAGACUGAGUGUAAAACCUUGGGUCAACAAUGUCCCAUUGUGAAUAAGAGGUGUAACGACGACUGCUAUUGCAUUCCUGGUUAUGCUAGGAUAAGCACCAAUGGUCGAUGUAUACCAAUUGAUAAAUGUCCAAAAAAGUGUAAAACUAUAACAUAAACCAAAGGAAUUACUGUACACUUUUUAAAAUGUACAUCCAAUUUUUUUUUAAAUAUUUUAUAAAUAAAAACUAAACAAUA